CGAACAGUGAAGGUGUGAUCGACUGAGCUUAAGGAUCAUGUGUAGCUCCGAGACGUGUAGGGGCAUGAAACGUUUCUCUUCUGCUGACACUGUCGUGUUUUGGUGGUACAUUUGCUGCUGUUGGUUGCUUCCUGCGGUGUAUGGCACUAAUUUUGCUUCGUCAUUGAUGAAAAUGCAGUGGAAACUUCCCAAGUUGUUCAAGUACGAUGAUUUCGACGAGUGUAGAAAGGGAAACCCGCGUUUUCAGUAUUGUAUAGUGCAAGCCGUGAUUCGUCCUAAUGAAAGCUCCGACAUUUGGCAUAAUAUCAGUCUGCUUUCGGCAAACCCUCUGAACUUCCCGCAUGAUCACCUUGAGCGCGGUAUUUGCCUUCACGAUUGCCUGCGACGCGUCUUCCCGGUCGAGCAGCUCGAGAUUGACCAGAUGGAAAUAUUAGCGAGCAACGAUGAACUGCGACUCGAUUAUCUCAGUCGAUGUGUCAAUAUGGAACUUGAAGCUUCCCAUCAGCUACAAACUUCGGCAUCGAUUUUGCACUGCUUGUCCGAGGAAAAUUUCCUGAGCAGUUUUGGAUUGGCUGAUCAGUGCUUCCUCGGGAUGGUUAUCGCACUUGUUCUGCUGGUUGGCGUUGCAACCGUGCGAGACUGCAAAGGAAGUGAUAGCAAAUAUGAUCAACUAAUUCAACCGUUUUCGCUACCACACAACAUCAACAAAUUAUUGAAUACAGCCAAAUCUGAUGGCAGUCUCCCACAUCUGGAAGGAUUGCGUGCCCUUUUUAUGCUGGUCAUUAUUCUAGUGCACUCGUCACUACCGUUCAUACGAAUGCCUCUGAACAACCCAGAAGACAUGGAAUCACAAACCAAUCAUCUUACCUUUCCAAUCUGGAACUCGGGCAAUACGCACAUGAUCACAUUUUUCUUCGCCCUCGGUGGAAUGGUGUUGGCGGUCAGUUUUCUCAGCCAAAUAGAAAGGUCACCCACGGUGGACUUUCGCUUUCUGUUGAAGAAACUGUUGAACCGAUUGGCACGACUCGUACCUGCAUAUGCAUUCGUCAUAUUCUACCAGGCGACGCUGUUCAAACGUACCAAACAGAGGCCUCACGCCGCUAGGUUCAAUGAUUAUUGCAGUGAAUACUGGUGGACGAAUCUGCUAUUCAUCAACAACUAUGUUCACUUGGAUGAACCAUGCAUGAAAUUCGGUUGGUAUCUUGGAGCAGAUUUUCAGCUUUUUCUGAUCGGUAUGGCUAUCAUGACGCUGAUUUGGAAGUUUCCCAAAACGAAAAAGGCCUGUAUCGGUGUGGUAGUAUUCGUCAGUUUUUGGGUUCCCGGUUACGUGAUCUACGUUGAAAAGUUGGAUGCAACGAUGAUGUUUAGUAUGAGGCAUGCUCUCACAGAACUGCGCGAAUAUGAUUUUUUCGAAAAGUUUUACACGCCGGGGCAUAUUAAUGCCGGAAGUUAUUUUUUCGGAAUGAUUGCUGGAAAUCUAUAUCAUCACAUCUCUCAAAAUAAACUGCACUCCAGCGCGGAAUUGUACUUGUCGAAGGUACUGUAUGUUUUCUUGACAGUACUCUUCUUUUUAAACGGAUUUCUCGUCAUGCUACCUUCGAUACCACAAAAGAAACCUUCGCUAUUUUUAUCGAUUUAUGGUUCGGCUCUGAAGGCCAUAUUUGGCAUUGGACAUGGAAUACUAUUUCUUUACUUCGGUUUCAAAACAAAUUCUAUGAGUGUGGCAUUCCUUCAGCACCCUAUUCUGCGAGUGAUGGGACGGUUGAGCUACAGUAUCUACAUUGUCCAGUAUGCAGUAAUUUAUACGAUCUACAGUAAUAUGAGCAUACCGACCACGUACAGUGGUUUCAACUUGAUCUUCGUCACUUCGGCAGUUCUAUUUAUGUCAUUUUUGAGCGGUGCAAUACUACACCUCGUUGUUGAAGUCCCCUGCGCCACCGUACUUAAAAAAGCAAUCGAUGGAAAAUUAGAUAUCGGCUCCAGGAAGAUAUCUAAAAAACUGCUUUAAUGGGCUUUAAAGGCUUCAAAGGCAAACGAACAGCAGAAUUGUUGAAAACACUGGUUAACUGGCUGUUGGAUAAUGAUUACAGUUAAAGUUAGGUUUUAAAAUUUUACGAUGUGUAUACUAGUCAAUAAACAUAUUAUUAAAAUAGCUUUACUAGUUAAUAAACAGUUGAUUUUUCGAUUUGGUACAUCCCGUUUAGCUUUGAAUGUACCGUUAGUUUCACACAAUUCAAACGACAUCAUUAAACUAUACAGUGGCGGCUCCAGAAGGCAGCCUUAUUCAACCGGAAAGUUAUUUAGUGGAAAUGCUUGCAUAUACAAAUCUUUCGGGAAAAUUCCUUUUGUGAAUCACUAUGUGUUAAGGUCGUAUGCAUUGUAGCUUAUUGAAUCAAUACCAUUGAUGAAUAAAACGGAUACUAGUA